CUUGAGGAAGUUUGGGAAGUCUGGCCAGUGGACACGUCAGGGCUGUACUCCCUGGGCUGGCUUUGUCUGCUUUCCAGGCUGCCUCUCCAGAUGCACUGUGGCCUUUGCAGGCCCUCCAUCCUGUGAGGUCCAAGGCCCCAGUGCCUGCCAGGUGGGAGAGAAGGGGAUCAGUUCUGAGAAGAUGAAAGAGGAGAGCAUGUGCCCAGACUCCCCCGAAGGCAGCCUGGUCACUAGUGAGGAGGAGGGCGAACGGCUUCACAAGAAAUGUCUCCGCAAGCGUGGCCAGCUGGGCAAACCCGUGGAGGAUUGUGGCUCGCCUUCUCCGCAGGGCAAGCGCAGCAAGCGCAGCCCCGUUCCCCAGUCCUUCGAGGACGUGCACACUCAGCGGGUGAUCGCCAAUGUACGGGAGAGGCAGCGCACCCAGUCACUCAACGAUGCCUUUGCCGAGUUGCGGAAGAUCAUCCCCACGCUGCCCUCCGACAAACUCAGCAAGAUUCAGACCCUCAAGCUGGCCGCCCGCUACAUAGACUUCUUGUACCAGGUGCUGCAGAGCGAUGAGCUGGACCACAAGAUCACCAGCUGCAACUACCUGGCCCACGAGAGGCUCAGCUACGCCUUCUCUGUCUGGAGGAUGGAAGGGGCUUGGUCCAUGUCAGCAUCUCACUGAGCCUGCAGGAUCCAGCCAACAGGUGCUCCUGGGAUGAGGGGUGAACAAGCGUCAUGCUUCUGCCUCAAACAAAAGAAAACAUCAACUAAGCCAGAAAAAGCACCCCAAAGCCAACAACGCUAUUCUUCUCCUGAGCAGCCUCCCAGCGAGGGGAGGAGAGCAGGCACCCCCUUUGGUACCACGAUGACUUCUCAGCACAGGAACCACUCUCAAUUCCUCUGUCCUUUGACAAAGACCCUGGAGAAAACGGGGUCUCUAGAAGAGGUAGAAAUCCAAGCCAGGCCCGGACCAUUUGGCUUGUAACAAGCUUGCCGGAUAGUGUGUAUAAAACUCUUUUGGAAGAUAAUUUAUUUUUGAAUAGCGGAAAACAAAUUCUCUGUUGGUACUAGCUUUCUGCUUUGCAAGUGCCCUGGGUACCCACCAGAAAGGCUCCAAAGGGUCCAUUCACUCCCAUUUGUGCCCAGUGCUUGGCCUGCUGAUGGGAUCAGCCCUGACAUGUCUCCUCCACACAUCCUGCAGCAGGACUGGAUAAUGCAAGAAUAGAAUCUCCUGGAAGUUAUCUGUGUCCCAUUUAAUCUGCCCUCCCACAGCAGCCAGGAUUCCCUUGGGAGUCUCUCCCAUUUGCCGUCAACAACGGCCCAGAUAAGAGGGCUCAAUUUGUGCCACCCUGCAGCCCCCAUUUUUCUCACCUCCCAUGUUGUCAGAUACUAGAAGCCAUAGAAAGAAGUCAGACUGAUUUCCUGGGUUUCGGUGAGCUGUGCUGGAAUUGCCAAUGAGGAGUUUAUGUUCCCAACUUCCACAGUAGCUGAAGCCCGCUGGCUGCUUCCUCUAGACUAGAGGACUAUGCUAGGGUUACCAUACGUCCUCUUUUUCCCGGACAUGUCCGGCUUUUCGGCAGUCAAACCCCCGUCCGGGGGGAAUUGCCAAAAAGCGGAACAUGUCCGGGAAAAUGGCGGCUCUGUUUAAGAGCCCGGCUGCCUGAACGCUACCGGCUUCGGGCAGCCCCGUGCCUGGAGACCCUGCGCCGCCGGAGCCCGGGAGGGGAAGUGCCCAGCUGGGGGCGCAGGGUCUGGAGGCACGGGGCUGCCCGAAGCCGG